AACAACCUCUCAGGAAUUUGAAAGAAAAAAAAAAACUGACGAAAAAUGAAGAAACAGAAAUAUUUAUUCAUGAGAGAAAAACCGACUGCAAUUAUUUGAUCGGGUUGCUUUUAUUGCGUUUCCUAAUUAGCCAAGGAUUAGGGUUCCGGAGGCUUACUUAUGUUGUGGCUUGAUUUGCUGCUGUUCUUCAAUUUGAUCUUCGGAUCUUCUUUUCCGGUGAUUCUGGAAUCUUGAUGCAGGGGAGAGAUAGUUGAACGAUGGAGGAACCUGCUGCUAACGAUGCGGAACGUGAAAUCGAGCUAGUGAUGGGAGACGAAAGCAUGCUGAUCGGCGAUAAUGGAGAUUCGUUGCAGCCGGACGCUAUGUUUCUCACCGAAUUGAAUCUUCUUCUGGUGGUUCUUUCGAUGUUCGCUUUGUCUGAUGAAGAGUGUGUGAAUUUGGAUGGGAGAGAGAAGAGAAGGCGUCAGAGAUCACGAGGCGAACGCUUCUGUAACGAGAUUGCAGACCAGAAGACGAGAAAUCAAUGUGGGAAAGGGAAAGCCAGUGGGCCGACGAUCACAGAGGUUCCAAACAAGGCCUAAAGAUUUUAGGUGAGUGAGAAUUCAAGUUUCCGAUGUAACAUUUAAUUUUUCUUUGAGAUGAAGACGAAUAAUAUAGUUUAACAUUUAAUUUUUCAUAAUAUAUGAAAAAACUUAAACUAAAGCUAACUCAAAAUUUUGAACUAAAGGAGGUUUAAUGAUCAACAGAUAAAGUGAUAAAACCAUCUGUAACUACUCUCCAUUGGCAUAUAAAAAGGCCAUUAGGAA